CCGCAAACGCGAGCGUGAGUCCGGAAAUUCUCACAUACUCACAGUGACCGCCGCUACACAUCUCUCGACCGCCCGGAAGCGCACAAAUCUAAGAGCAGAAACCACAGCGAACAUGUCUCGCUUCUUCACAGCUAGCGACAGCUCGAGCGAGGAGUCCUCGGAUGAGGAGCUCUACUCUGGCGAGGAGGAGGAAUCCCACGAGGAAGAGUCCGAAGAAGAAUCAGAGGAGGGGUCGGAGGAGGAAUCAUCCGGCGAUGAAACCGGUGCAAACCGUUUCUUGAGGGACGCCAGCAGUGAGAGCGAGAGUGACGAGGAGGAUGGGGCGAAGGUGCUCAAGAGCGCGAAGGAUAAGCGGUUUGAAGAGUUGGAGGGGACCGUGAGGAGUAUUGAGAAUGCCGAGAAGAUCAACGACUGGGCUGUCAUUUCAGAGCAGUUCGACAAGCUGAACCGCCAGAUUCCCGCCCUGAUCAAGCAGAAUGACGGAAAGGUGCCCAAGCUCUACAUUCAGGCUAUCGCCGACCUCGAGACGGUUAUGCUCGAGACGAUCGAGAAGCAGAAGGUCACGCCCAAGAAGAUGAAUGCCAUUAACACACGCGGUCUCAACGCCGUCCGCCAGCGUAUCAGGAAGAACAACAAGGACUACGCCAAGGACAUCGAUGCCUACAGGGAGAACAAGGAUGAGUUCAUGCGCGAGGAGGAAGUUGAGGAGACGCCCAAGGAGAAAAAGAAGAAGCAAAAGAUUCUGCCGCUCGAUGCUGGCGCUGUCGCCGAGGCUGAUGAUGAGGGCUUCACAAUGGUUGGCGCUGGCGGUAGAGCGGUGCAGUAUACUCCGGAGAGCAUCCUCAAACAUUUGCGAUCGAUCGUCGAGCAGAGAGGACGCAAGAAUACCGAUCGGAUGGAGCACAUUCGGACGCUGGAGAAGCUAUUUGAUGUAGCGAUCAACGACUACCAGAGAGUCCGGGUGCUUUUGACGCUCAUCUCGACGAGGUUCGAUUUGACGUCGGGCACCGGCAGCCAGAUGGUGCAGGAGCAGUGGAAACUGGCCCAGCAGGAGUUCAACCAGCUCCUGAACAUCCUUGAAGGCACGAAGGAUAUUGUCGUCAUCGAGAACGCCGAGGAGUGGGAAGACGACGAGAAGCUGCCCGCUAUCAUUCCUGGAGAGACAUUCAAGAUUCCCGGCAGUGUCGUGUCGUUCGUCGAAAGGCUAGACGAUGAGCUCACCCGUUCGCUUCAGCACAUCGACCCUCACACCUCGGAAUACAUUGACCGAUUGACCGAUGAAGGGUCCCUCUAUUCCGCACUGGUCCGCACCCUGGUGUACGUUGAGAGCCUGAAGAAGCAGCCUAAUCUCGAACUGCCACAAGAGUCUCUGAACCGGGUCAUGAUGCGGCGGUUAGAGCACGUCUACUUCAAGCCUUCCCAGGUUGUCACCAUCCUCGAGUCGAACACCUGGAAAGCAAUGCCGUCGAACCUUGACUCCGAGAUCACACCGCGCGCCAUUUCUAACGAUACCACCUCGCUUGUUCAGAGGCUCUGCACGUACCUCUUCAAAUUCAGCGAGGGUAUUAUCCGAGCGAGGGCAAUGCUGUGCCAGGUCUACUUCUUUGCGCUGCACGACCAGUACUACAAGGCUCGCGACAUGAUGCUCAUGUCCCAUCUCCAAGACACGAUCAGCAACUUCGAUGUCAACACCCAGAUUCUCUUCAAUCGUGCUCUAGUCCAGGUCGGUCUUUGUGCAUUCCGCGCCGGCCUGGUCUACGAGGCACAAACCUCUCUGCAGGAGAUCUGUGGCAGCAACAGGCAAAAGGAGCUUCUCGCACAGGGUCUGCAGCUGCAGCGAUUUUCACAGAUCUCACCGGAACAGGAACGCCUCGAGCGCCAGCGGCAGCUUCCCUUCCACAUGCACAUCAAUCUCGAGCUCCUGGAGUGCGUGUACCUCACAUGCUCUAUGCUCCUCGAGAUCCCUCUCCUCGCACAGAUUGGCUCGUCCCCAGACAUCAAGAAGCGCGUCAUCAGCAAGACCUACCGCCGUCUGUUAGAGUAUCAUGAGCGCCAGAUCUUCACCGGUCCACCCGAGAACACCCGUGAUCACGUCAUGCAGGCCUCCAAGGCACUGUCGGCGGGCGAGUGGAAAAAGGCAGCCGACUUCAUCAACUCGAUCAAGAUCUGGGAGCUGAUGGCCAACUCAGCGAAGAUCAAGGAUAUGCUAUCAGCGCAGAUCCAAGAAGAGGGUCUGCGGACAUACCUCUUCACCUACGCCCCCUUCUACGACACGCUCGCCAUCUCGACUCUCGCAUCGAUGUUCGACCUUUCAGAGCGCAAGGUGUCAGCAGUCGUCUCCAAGAUGAUCUCGCACGAGGAGCUGGCUGCGGCGCUUGACCAGGUCAACUCGGCUAUCAUCUUCAGAAAGGGUGUCGAGCUGUCUAGGUUACAGACGAUGGCGCUUAGCCUGUCGGACAAGGCAUCUGGUCUCAUUGAGGCGAACGAGAAGACGCUCGAGCAGAGGACGCAGGGCACGGCGAAUGCCUUCGAGAGGCAGCAUCAAGGAGGUCGUGGUGGACGAGGUGGAAGAGGACGCGGCGGUGGACAGAGGGGCCCGGGGCGGAUGGGUGGUGGACGGAAUCAACAAUUCACGGGCGGUGCGCUGGGACGGGCUAUUCAGGCAUAAGAUUGUUUGUUAAUCUGACCCGCCGCAUCACUUGGCUGCCUGCAAGUUCCUGGGAUGGGCGGGUUUCAUGGACUGGCGUAAUUGGUUUUCAUUUCAUUUGUCAUGGAUAAUGGAAACGCAGAUGCAGAACGAAUGCGUGUGCUUAGAUAGGGUGCAUCAAUGUCCACGAGGAGAAAAUAGCGUUGCAUUCAGUAUCAUUCAUUAUGUGGUAUCUCUGAAGUGACUAC